UUUUUAAUCGCUCUGACAAAUCCGCUGGAUCGUGCGAACACCGAAUCGAUGAUAUUGAUGGCAUUAAAUUUGCUAACGGUUGCAUUGGAAGCCGGUGCCGAUUAUAUGCAAAGUUUCUCCCUUCUGAUGCCGCUGAUCAAGAAUGAAUUGUGUCGCGCUCUUCUACAGCUUUUGGACACUGAAAAGUUGCCAGUAUUUGCGGCAACAAAUCGAGUUUGCUUCCUGCUCUUCGAGAGCCUUCGCUCGGACCUAAAAUUCCAGCUCGAAUCGUAUUUUAUGAAGCUGAAGUCAAUUGUCACCAGCGAGCAGAGUCGAAUCAGUUACGAGCAGAAAGAAAUGGCCCUGGAAAGUAUCGUACAGCUGUGGCGUAUUGCCGGCCUUGUUACCGAGCUCUAUCUCAACUACGAUUGCAAUUUGUACUGCUCCAAUUUAUUCGAGGAUUUGACAAAGCUCCUGCUUGAAAACGCAUUUCCCGUGAUAGGCUUGCGUUCGAUCAAUCUAUUAUCACUGGAUGGUUUGCUGACUGUCAUUGAUACUAUUGAUGAUAACUGCGUGUAUAGGCAAGCCGGUAUUCAACAGAAAAACACCUCAAUGACGUUAGCUACAACCCUUUUUCUUUAUUUUUUAAAAAGGCUAGCAUAUUAG